AUGUCGCAGCAAUACCCGUACGGCCAGCCGUCGCCAUACUCCCCACCCGCGGGCCAAUAUACACCGCAGCCACAGCCACAGCUCUACCCACCAGUUCAAGGAGCAGGGAGAGGAAGCAGACCAUCAAGCCCUUACCAACAGCUCGAACCCGCGCUGGCAGCGCAGGGCUGGGCUGGACCGGGCUAUGCACAACAGCCACAGGGAUAUUCGUCCCAAGGAUAUCCUCCACCACAAUACUCCCCGCCACCGGGCUACCCUUCCCCCCAGGGAUAUGCAACUCAAGGGUACCCUCCCCCGAACCAGGGCUACCAAUAUGCCCCUCCCAUGCCUCAGCCACCACCACCACAACAACAACAAGGAAGCGGCGGCGGACCCUACACGCUGCUCUUCCAACCGACGUCGCAGAAACACACCUCCUCCCUGACGCCAGUGGGGUCUAACACGCCGACGUACAUCGCCACGUACAGCCGGCCGCUGGUGUACUCGUCGGAGCCGGACAUCAGAGUGGUGGCGACGGCGUCGGGGGCCCAGCUGGCCACGGUCAACUGGCACACGUGGUCGAGCAAGAUCGACCUGGCCUUCUCGAGCACGGGGGCGCAGAUCACGUACAAGGACAGCUUCGAGCCCGUGGGGUCCAGUGCCGCCGCCGCAACCACCACCCUCGGCCGGCUGUUCUGGACCCUCACCCACGGCACCGACAAGCAGGCCGACCUCAAGUGCGCCGACCGCACCGGCGCCACUGUCUGCACGGUGGUACUGCACGACAAGUUGCGCAGCGGCCGGAUCGAGAUCUGGCGGCCCGGGCUGGACAAGGAUCUCUUCGACCAGGUCGUCGUCAGCGCCCUUGCCGAGAUCGAGGACUGGAGGAGGAAGGUUGAGAGUCAGAAGACGAAUAAUCCCGCGGUCAUGGCUGGGACCAUGGCGGCGAUCACAAGUGCCAAUAACUGA